AUGGCACCCACAACCACCACUUUCACCAUCAUCAUCAUCGGUGGCGGCAUCGCAGGCCUCGCCGCCGCCAUUGCCCUCGCCCGCAAAGGCCACAAAGUCACCGUCUUCGAAGCCAACACCUCCCUCAGCGAGCUCGGAGCAGGAAUCCAGAUCCAACCCAAUGCUACCCGUGUCCUGCACCACUGGGGCUUGCAAGAUGAGUUCAGAAAAUGGUCCAACGAGCCAGCCGUGAUGAAGGUGUUGCAGUAUGCUGAUUCGACGGUCAUUGGAGAGAUUGCGCAUAAUCCGAUGCAGAUCUGGGAGUAUGGGUAUCCGCAUUGGCAGUGCUAUCGGCCGGAUUUGCAGAGGUUGUUGUAUGAUGCUGCGGUCGCUGCGGGUGCGGAUGUCCGGUUUGGGCAGAAGGUCGCGGAUGUUGAUGUGGACCAAGGCAUCGUCGUGCUGGCGGAUGGUAAGCGAGAAGAAGCUGAUCUCGUCGUCGCUGCGGACGGCAUUCUGUCCAAGUUCCGUCAUCUUCUCCCGGGUAAUAGCGAUGCAAAGGCAGUGACAUGCAAUGAGUAUUGCUUCCGUACUGUCGUACCCAAAGAGCGCAUGGACUCCAAUCCGGAGACGGCAGAGCUGAUGAAGGGUGAAGACUCCAUGGUCUGGGUGGGACCUGGUGUUGCCGUGCUGGGGUACACUGUUAGCGGGGGACGGUAUUAUAACACUCUGAUCUCAUGCCCGACACCAUGCGAAGUGCCAGUUGGACGCUGGGGUGAGCCUGGAGAUGUUGGAGAGGCGCGAGAGUUGGUGAAGGACUUUUGUCCUGCGGUGAGAAAGAUCUGGUCGUACGUGAACGAGACUGUGCUCUGGACAUUGGGGGAGGUACCCAGGAUCGCCUCGUACACAAGCACCACCGGCCGCUUCGUCCUCGUUGGCGACGGCGCACAUGCAAUCGUUCCGCACGCUGGGCAAGGCGGAGGCUCCGCCCUCGAGGACGCUGCUGCACUGGGCGAGUUCGUCUCGGCAGCCAGGGAUGUGCGGGAUCUCGCCAGCAAGAUGCAGAUGUUCCAGGACUUCCGGCAGCCACGGAUGGAGUACAUGCGGACAAUGGCUCGUGGGAACCAAACGUUCAUGUCGCUCGAUGACGGCGAUGAGCAGAUGAAAAGAGACAAGAUGUGGGGAAAGAUGACUGCGAAGUGGAAAGCAGAGCUGGCAGAACUGGGAGAAGAAGGCUUCCGAGCACGACCUAGGCCGCGAGCGAUACCAGGGAAGGAUAUCAGGUCUCCAGAGUCGAGACAAUAUAUGAUCGGUACCAAACUCAUGAGCAAAACCCUGUCGUUCCUGGGACACUCGCUGAUCCUUUCACUUUUCUGUUUGCAGGCUAUGAUGUCUUCGCAGAGGCGGCGAGGUUCCUUGAUGCUCAUGCUUAGCGUAUGA